AUAUGUUUUAUCACAUUUCCCUCGAACACGAAAUUCUGCUGCAUCCGCGCUAUUUCGGUCCACAAUUGCUGGAGACGGUGAAGCAGAAGCUCUACUCGGAGGUGGAGGGCACGUGUACUGGCAAAUAUGGUUUCGUGAUAGCUGUCACAACGAUAGAUCUAAUUGGCUCCGGUGUAAUACAGCCGGGCCAGGGCUUUGUCGUAUAUCCAGUGAAAUACAAGGCAAUCGUCUUUCGGCCCUUCAAAGGUGAAGUGCUGGACGCUGUCGUAAAGCAGAUAAAUAAAGUUGGCAUGUUUGCCGAAAUUGGACCAUUAUCCUGCUUUAUAUCGCAUCAUUCCAUUCCCGCUGAUAUGCAAUUCUGUCCGAACGGAAAUCCGCCUUGCUACAAAUCCAAAGACGAGGAUGUGGUCAUCUCGGGUGAGGAUAAAAUACGCCUCAAGAUUGUCGGCACACGUGUGGAUGCCACCGGCAUUUUUGCUAUAGGAACUUUGAUGGAUGAUUAUUUGGGACUGGUCUGUAAUUAGUUUAACACAAACAAGAAGACAAGUCAACUUUAUAUACAAUUUAUAUA